AUGCCUGAUAUUAAGAAAGAUGACGACAGAAAAUCUAACAACCCAUUUGUGCUUCCAAUGGAUCGUAACAUCUUCAAAAAGAGAGAGAUUGAAUCUGUAAUCAAACAACAAGAGAAGAAGUUCUUCAGCAGCCUGCCGACCCAGAUGAAGAGUACCUACCUGUCCCGACUCAGGUGCCGCUCUGCCCCCAUGAGGAGUGCUGUGCAGGACACAAUCCCAAAACCAGAGAAAUGCAGACGGGAAGAAACAACAUGGGCCACCGUGGUCACUAAAAGUUGCAGUCAAGAGAGGGAGAACAUUAGGGACUACUUGUCUAAACAGCGAGAAAAGUUUAUGCAGCAGUACUCUCUGUCAGUGAAGCAAGACACCAUCAAGAAGCUGGAGAAGGACACGGUGAUAGAGCUUCAGUUGAUCAGACACGCUGAGAAACAUCUGCAACAGGACUCGGUCGCCUUUGAAAAGUUCAUCAAGGAAAACGACCAGAGCUCAGUGGAAGCUGUCAAGUUGGCAGAGAAAGAGACUAUGCUGAAAAUGGAGAAAACAGCAGAAAUUAAAAAAGUAACAGUACAAAUGAUGGCGAUGAAAAGCGACAUCUCAAAGUAUCAAGAAAUACUGAAGGAGUACCAGACCUACAAAACGUUUCUCAUGGCCGUCGGACCCAUGGAGUGGCGUGAGGAACAGAAACGCAAGAGGGAGGACAGGAGAGCAACCAAGCAGAAAGAGAAUUCAAACAUUUUCUGUCUUCCUUCAUCGGUCAAAGACGAAAAUAAAAAAGGUCCAGCGUAUGCCAGACGCAAUUCAAGAGUCACAAAAAAUUCUCAGAUAAGACAUCAAAGCAAAAGUGGCAAAGUCAGCAGCAUACUUCACCACCAGGAGAGACAGGGGUUCACCAUCCCUGAGGUGCCAGAGACCGCAGAGACCUCAGACAGUGACGAGGAACCAGAGUUGUGUUACUCCAACCCCAGGGACAUGCUGAAUUUACUGACUGAUCUGGAGGAGCAGAACCUGUCCUACAUCCAGAACUUCCAGGAGACAGAGGAGGUCAUGGAUGAGAUCCGCAAAACCAUCCAGUUGACGCAGGAAAGAAUGAACAGUGAGGCCCAGAUCCUGCUGCAGCAGGUAGACAUCCUGAAGAACACCAUCCAGAGGGAGGAGGAGAAGACCUCUGAGCUGGAGUUCAAGUCCAGGAUCUUCUCCUACGGAGAGUACAGAGCUGACAAACAGGACGUGAUGCUCAAUGUGCUGCACAAGAAGGUGAAGGAAGUGUACAGGGUGUGUGUGGGAGAGGUGGACUCCAAUAUCAGCACUCUUCACAUGCUGGCCAACAUUGAGAGCAGAAUGCAGGACGUUAUGGACCGACUGGAGACGCUGCCCCCGGACAACAUUGACACCGUCCGCACCCAGCGGGAGAAGGAGAAGAGGCUCAAGAUGCGUGAGGAGAAGCUGUUGAAGAAGAAACACCACCAAGAGGAGAGACUCCGAAUGGCUCUGGAGAGAGCCACCUCUGACAGCAAGAAGAGGACGGGCAGAAAGCUGAUGCCGCGAUCGGAGCCAUCGGAGAUCAAGAAGAAGGACAAGACACAUGCGUUGACCACUAGAGAGCAAGAAGACGCCUUGUACUUCUUUGCCUGAUUAUUUUAAACCAUCAGUAUUCACAGACAAUAUAAGACAGUGACUGAUUUUAAAUGAGCUUUUGUAUACAGUACCAAUCAACAGUUUGGACAUGCCUACUCAUUCAAGGAUUUUUCUAAUUAAAAAAAAAAAAAAAAAAAAACAAUUUUCUGAAGACAUCAAAACAAUGAAAUAACACAUAUGGAAUCAUGUAGUAACCAAAAUGUGUUAAACAAAUCUAUAUUUUAGAUUCUUCAAAGUAGCCACCCUUUGCCUUGAUGACAGCUUUGCACACUCAUGGCAUUCUCUCAAUCAGCUUCACCUGGAAUGCUGAGCUUUUAUUGGCUGCUUUUCCUUCCCUCUGUGGUCCAACUCAUCUGAAACCAUCUCAAUUGGGUUGAGGUCAGGUGAUUGUGGAGGCCAAGUCAUCGGAUGCAACACUCCCAUCACUCUCCUUCUUGGUCAAAUAGCCCUUACACAGCCUGGAGGUGUGUUGGGUCAUUGUCCUGUUGAAAAACAAAUGAUAGCGCAAACCAGAUGGGAUGGUGUAUCGCUGCAGAAUGCUGUGGUAGCCAUGCUGGUUAAGUGUGCCUUGAAUUCUAAAUAAAUCACUGAUAGUGUCAGCAGCAAAGCAACAUCACACCUCCAUGUUUCACGGUGGGAACCAGACAUGUGGAGAUCAUCCGUUCACCUACUCUGCUUCUCACAAAGGCUCCCCCUUUUCUCAGCUCACUGGUCACAAUAACAACACCCACCCGUAGCACACGUUCCAGCAGGUAUAUCUCACUGAUCAACACCAACACCUCAUUUGGCCAUCUUUCCUUCCAGUUCUCUGCUGCCAGUGACUGGAACGAAUUGCAAAAAUCACUGAAGCUGGAGACAUAUUUCACUCACUAACUUGAAACAUCAGCUAUCUGAGCAGCUAACCGAUCGAUGCAGCUGUAAAUAGCCCACCCAAUCUACCUACCUCAUCCCCAUACUGUUUUUAUUAACUUUUGUUUUUUUGCACAUCAACAUCUGCUCAUUUAUCACUCCAGUGUUAUUCUGCUAAAUUGUAAUUCUUUGCUACUAUUUCCUAUUUAUUGCCUACCUCCUCAUGCCGGUCUAAUGUCCAUUGCAUGCGUUUCUUGGCCCAAGCAAGUCUCCUCUUAUUGGUGUCCUUUUAGUAGUGGUUUCUUUGCACAAAUUUGACCAUGAAGGCCUGAUUCACAGUCUCCUCUGAACAGUUGGAUGUUGAGAUGUGUCAGUUCUUGAACUCUGAAGCAUUUAUUUGGGCUGCAAUUUCUGAGGCUGGUAACUAAUGAGCUUAUCCUCUGCAGCAUUGGUAACUCUGGGCCUUCCUUUUCUGUGGCAGUCAGUUUUUUCAUAGCGCUUAAUGGUUUUUGCAACUACACUUGAAGAAACUUUCAAAGUUCUUGAAAUGUUCCGUAUUGACUGACCUUCAUGUCUUAAAGUAAUGGACUGUCGUUUCUCUGAGCUGUUCUUGCCAUAAUAAGGACUUGGUCUUUUACCAAAUAGGGCUAUCUUCUGUUUACCAACACUAACUUGCCACAGCACAACUGAUUGGCUCAAAUGCAUUAAGGAAAGACAUUUCGCAAAGGCACACCUGUUAAUUGAAAUUCCUUCCAGAUGACUACCUCAUGAAACUGGUUGAGAGAAUGCCAAGAGUGCACAAAGCAGUCAAGGCUACUUUGCUACUUUGAAGAAUUUAAAAUAUGUUUAACACUUUUUUUGGUUACUACAUGAUUCCAUAUGUGUUAUUUCAUUGUAGAUUAAUAGUGAAGACAUCAACUAUGUAGAAAAUAUUAAAAAUAAAAACCCUGGAAGGAGUAGGUGUCCAAACUUUUGACUGGUACUGUACAUUAUGUCUAUUUGUUAGCCCAGGUCACCAAGGAGCAUUUAGAUUCACUCACUGAUUUGGACUAUACAAUAUUAACUAAUGCUAUACAACAGUUAGAUUUAAUGUACUGUAUACUUGGAUUAUAAAUAAAAAAUUCAAUUUUUACCUUA